AUGAUACGGAAACAGAGACCAACGUUCACCAGCUCCGAGCUGGAAAUGCAACUACAGCAGAUCAACUUGGAUCCUACAUCAUCCACUACAGAGAACCUCGAAGCUCUCGCUCCUCUCAUCAAGUCAAUCCAGGAUACCGAUUCCGAGCAGCUGUAUCUGAGAAGUUUGGAUAAGUUUGUGGAGGAGAAAGAAAGGGAGAUUGAGAAGAUAUGCCAAGACAAUUAUGAGGACUUCGUCUCUUCAGUGUCGACUUUGCUUACCAUCCGACAAGGGUCAGGUCAUUUACGUAGGAGGAUAGGUGAAUUGGAUGGGCAGAUGGGUGAUGUCGGAAGGGCAUUGGGUGAGAAGAAACGAGCACUGCUAGAACAGAAAAAAGUGGCUAGAAAUAUGGAUGAUGCGAUUGAGACUCUACAGACCUGCUUGAGGUUAUUGGACUUGGUGCACAGAGUAGGAGAGAUGAUAAGGGAAGGUAAAUAUUGGGGAGCGCUGCGAUCGAUAGAAGAUCUUCUGCACCUCACUCCACCCUCAAUUUCCCAAACACCAUUCUACGCCCACAUAUUAUCAUCCCUCCCUUCCCUCAGAUUAUCCAUCAAAGAUGCCGUGACGGCCUCCACGAAAUCAUGGUUGUUCGACGUCAGGGAAUUAGGAGCUAAAGUAGGGAAGUUAGCAUUGGAGCAAAUGUCCCAGCGGAUCAAGAAGUGGAGAGCGAAGAGGGAGAAGGAGGGUGGUGUGAGGCUGGCUAGGGUGGGUGGGGCUAUGGAACUGGUACAUAAUGAACGGGUGGAAUUCGAUGCGCUCGAUAAUGAAGAUAUCAAAGUUGAUUUCAAACCUUUAUACCAAUGUAUACAUAUAUACGAGGCUUUGGAAUCGAAACCGGAAUUGCAAAGAAGUUACCAAGUGGACAGAAAGACUCAAGCUACCUUGAUCCUCACAUCCCGAUUGUCUACAACUCCUGAGACGCUGCUAUCGACCCUUCCUCUAUUGAUGCAGGAAUUAGUCGGUUUCUUCAUCAUCGAAUCUCAUCUACUGCGUACUAUGCCUGAUUUCAGGACUCAAAGGGACGUUGAUGAACUAUGGGAUGAGAUGUGUAAGAGGAUAGUAGAGGUUGUUGGACAGGGCUUGAAAGGCUGUAGUGAGCCUGAAGUGUUCUUGGAAAGUAAAACGAAUGUUUUGCUGUUUGUUCAGACUUUAGAAGGGUAUGAUUACAACAUCACUGAGCUCAAUGGACUAUUGAUCACUCUAUUCGAGAGAUACUCGGAAUUGUUGUUGGGGAAAUUCAGUACGGACUUUGAUCAGAUCGUAUCGGAAGACGACAAUCAACCUAUGAUGGUGAAUGAUCAAGAAGAAUUUGAUCAAGUCGCAGGAGUAUGUUGGCUAGCACCGGGAGAAAUGGAAUCACUUGCAAUGCAAGGAUUUCCACAAGCCAUGCCGUUCUCGCAGACUUACCCUAUGUGCUGUAUCAACAUACGAAAUUUCGUCGAUCAAUUCUACCAGUUUACUGAUGGUGUGGCUCAGCAGCAUCUGGAUAUCGAUGAGGUGCUGCGGAAGUCUCUGGAUGCUCUACUUUCCGAUCAUGUCUCCAAGCAAAUCGCGAAGAGAUUACAGACUAUGUCCAACCUAUCUCAAAUCGCUCAAGUGGUCAUCAACUUGGAACACUUCAGUACAGCAUGUGAUGAGUUGGAAGGGGUACUGAUGAAUCUCAGAGCAUCACAGAGAGGUGGUCCCGUCCAUUUAUCAUCCUGUAAACAGUUCUCCGCAACAUUGGAACAAGCCGAAAAACGGAUCGAUUCAGUCAUAAAUUCGAAAUUGGAAUCUUUCUUCGAAUUGGCUGAAUAUAAUUGGUUGCCCACCCGACCCCAAUCGACAGCUGCUGAACCGUCCACAUAUGUAUUUGAGAUGAUUACGUUUUUGACUGCUUAUGUGGAUAGUGUUUUGAUUGGGUUAAACGAAGGCGUCAAGACGAGAGCUUAUCUGAAUGCUCUGGGAAGGAUCAAUAAGUGGUUGAUGGACAUGUUAUGCGGUAAAGAAGUGAUCAGAUUCAACGAAAUGGCCUUGGCGAGCGUAUUGGCAGAUGUUACGUUCAUCGAAGCGGAAAUCAAGAGAUUGGAUAAACCGGAUCUCGAUAGGGUGUUUGAUGAAGUCAAACAUACAAUCAACAUAAUUCUUUCAGACGCCGUAUCAGCCUAUAUGGAACCUUCCAUACGCUCGAUGUCGUACUCUUCCGUCAAACCUAUACGGUUAGCUGUAAUCUUGGCUAAGUUGGGUAAAGCACAUGCGCUGGGCGGUGUACAGAGUAGUAUGAUGAAAGCUGAGAGGAGAAGGAGGGAGGCUGAUGAGGUUGCUAAACUUGCUGGAAGGUAG